AAAAAAAAAAAAAAAAAAAAGAGAACAUACAAGUCAUUUUCAAUAUCAGCAGGGUCAACUUUUGGAGCCAAGGCGAGAGCAUUAAGAAGGAACUGUCCAAGCGCUGUAGAAGCGGGCGCUUCCUCAUCCAUCACUGAGUCGACGUAUCUCGAUACUCGAUCGAUCAUGCCCAAAACGUCCUCGAUGGCUUUUUCUAGGGCCUCAAUAUCUGUGAACAAAUUGGCAGUCCGAUUUUCACUGUCCCUUGCAGCAGCGAUCGCCUCCAAGCCAUUCUUCUCGGCGUCGCCGUAUCUGAUUUCAUAAGGAACGGGUAUGAAUGCAGCGCUGUCAGCGGCCCUUUCUGCUGUCACGCCAACAGGCGCUGAAAUGUACGUUCUAGUCUCAAUGUCCUUCCCAGGAACUGUAGAUACAGUUAGAUGUACGGCUGGGUGAGGCCAUGUUCCAUCACCUGAGCCGCCGUAGAAGUUCUGAAUGAGCGCGGAGAAGGUAUUCAGUUCUGAGGAUGUCGCGUACCAACCCACAAGAACUUCCUUGGGGUUAGCUUUCAAGUGUAGAGCAAGCAUUUGCUUCUGGUAUUCCAUAUCAACCUCGACUUGAUCGGUUGUUUCCGUGUGUCCUACGGCGAAACAGGAGCGAAUCUCAACUUCGGUGCCAUCCUCGGAUCGGGUUCCCAGAAGAGUACCGAUGACCCGCUCCUGGUCAGCAUUGCGACGAAGGGAAUGAUCGAGGAUAGAGAAAAUCGCCUAUUAGACGUAUUAGCAUGUUUAUAAUGAUUUUCGGUUUUCCCAGAGGGGUUCAUAUGCUUACUUGUGGUUGUAUCACAACGUUGAGAGGGGCGGUGGAGGGUUGAGUGCCAAUGGCUGCAGGGCCCAGAGGCCGCGAGAGAUGGAGGAACGAAUCGGUAUCAGCCAUGCUGGGCAGUUAUAUCUGUAAUUUGAUCCCACGUCACAGGCGUCACAAGCGUCAGUAUCGGCGGUGGGAGAGUCUUGUUGGCGUGGAGAAUUGCUAUUGCGGUCGUCAACAAAUGGGGCUCAAAUUGUGUGUGCGGACCCAAGAGGAGAUUUCACGCUAAGAUAAGAUAAGAUCCACCAAACACUCAACCAGAAAAUAUAUAUUUUUGGCUGGGGCGCAUUUCAUAGAGGAAAGCACAACAACAACGCAACACACGGUAAUAAAGCGUCAGAGUAACUUAUUUCGAGAUGGUCGCACCACGCGGAAGAGGUAGUAGGCCUUUCAAUUCUCGAGGCGCCAGAGGAGGCCGUGGAAGAGGGCAGCGCGGCGGCCGAAAGCCAAGAUUCGAAACCUCCAGGGUCGAAGAAGUUCACCAUGAAGCUUCCUCCGAUGGUGAAUCUGGCUUAUCUGAGGGCAAUGUAGAUGCAGAGGAUGAGGUAGAAUUAAUUGACGAGCUGUCUUCCGGCAGUGACGAUGACGACGAGGAAGACAAAAAGACAUCGAAGCCAUACAAUACACUAUUGCAGCUGUUCAACGCUGGCCAAGAUACCAAUGGGCCUGCUCGAAAAAGGCGGAAAGUCGAGCACAGCUCCAAGAAAACGGAGGUUCAGAUUAAAGAGCCGGAGGAGCUUGACGACGAAGCUGACUUGUCCGAGUCGGAAAUUGAGGAUGAUGAAGAGGACGAGGAUGCGGAAGGCAUUGCUGUGGAUGAAGGCGAAGCAGAAGAUUCCGGAGACGAGGAUGACGCAACGGAUCCAUUCGAAACCCACUUUUCAAACGUAGAUAGUUCAUUGCUAUUACAAAAGAUAAAUGUUAUCUCAACAAAAGGCUGGAAGACACAUAAAAAUGAACUUCCAGGAAAAUUCAGGCUCGUGCUCAGCCAUCCAGACACGGGUGGGGAUGCCGUGCAGCUUCCACCUCCCGCGCAUGGGCUACAAAGUUUGAAGCUGAAGCAAAAACUUGCCAACCAUGCGGGAGACCAUAUCGCUAAGUUUGAAAGCCUUACCUCGGGCCUUGUCCCUUACAUUUUCGGCUACCAGGACCUCCUAUUUGGGGCGCGAACGUUAUCCAACUCAGCAAAGUUCCGAGAUCUCUACUGCCUCCAUGUUCUAAACCACAUCCUUAAAACUCGAGACAGGGUGUUGAAAAACAAUUCCCGUUCACAAAAGGAACCUGACCAAGAUCUGGAACUGCGAGAUCAAGGCUUUACCCGCCCAAAGGUGUUGAUCAUUUUACCGACACGACAGGCAUGCGUGCGGGUUGUGGAGUCUAUUACUAAAUUAUACCAUGCAGAGCAGCAAGAAAAUAAAAGCAGGUUCUACGAUACCUUCUCUGCGGCUGACGAUAAAUCAUGGGAGGACAAACCCGACGACUUUCGAGAAUUGUUCGGUGGGAACGACGAUGACAUGUUCAGAUUAGGGCUAAAGUUCACUCGGAAAACCAUCAAGUACUUUUCCCAGUUCUACAAUUCCGAUAUUAUCCUGGCGAGUCCACUGGGUCUCCGGAUGGUUAUGGAUAAAGAGGAUGGUAAAAAGCAAGACUUUGAUUUCCUUUCAUCAAUCGAGGUGGCAGUUGUCGAUCAAGCAGAUGCCCUUCUAAUGCAGAACUGGGAACAUAUCGAAUACGUAUUUUCACACCUAAACCUUCAACCGAAGGAAUCUCACGGCUGUGAUUUCAGCCGCGUCCGCAACUGGUACCUGGAUGGCCAAGCCAAAUAUGUCCGCCAGACACUCGUCUUCUCAUCCUUCAUUACCCCUGAAAUAAACGCCCUCUUCUCGUCGCAGAUGCACAACACGGCUGGCAAAGUCAAAGUUACCCCAACAUAUGAAGGUGCCAUCCUAGACAUACCACUGCCCGUCCCCGUCAAGCAAACUUUCUCCCGCUUCAAUUCAACCUCGCCCGUGAAAGACCCCGACGACCGCUUCAAGUACUUUACCAGCGCAGUACUUUCAUCUCUCGUCCGCAGCUCGACCGGCAGCGGAGGAAAGCCUCAUGCAUCGGGUACCCUGAUCUUCAUCCCAUCCUACCUAGACUUCGUCCGUGUUCGCAACUACCUGGCAACCUCAUCACAGACAGAAAACCUCUCCUUUGGCGCGAUAUCGGAAUACACAUCUGUACGCGACGUGGCUCGCGCACGAACACAUUUCUUCAGUGGCCGCCACUCAGCCCUGCUCUACACGGAACGAACACACCAUUUCCGCCGCUAUCAAAUUCGCGGGGUGAAGAGGGUGAUUAUGUAUGGUGUCCCGGAGAACCCUGUUUUCUGGGGGGAGAUUGUGGGGUUCCUGGGCUUGGAUCCUGCAGGCACGGCGGAGGCAGCUGAGGGCGGGGUGCGGGCGUUGUUUUCGAAAUGGGAUGCUUUGAAGAUGGAGAGGAUUGUUGGGACGAAGAGGUUGGGGAAUAUGCUCAUGGAAAAGGGAGGGGAUACGUUUAGUUUUGUGUGAGACUGCCAUGUUUAACGGGACUAUGUUGUCCUACUCCUUAAGAGAGUACUUAUCAUAUACCCCUAUUCCGACCGAUCACUUUGCAUGACCUAUAGGGAAAUUCUUCCAGCUGUUCAUUGCCCUCUACUGUUUUUGCUAGAGAUAUAGAUUCUUACUAUUAGAAUAGUUAUCAACAUGUACUGUACAUUAGCCAUUUGUCUGGGAAUCUAUCCAAAAUAUCCAGUUCAAAUUCUCCGACUUCGGAUACUCCAACGGCUGGCAAGGUUUGUACUCCCCUCGGCUCUUCUUCUUUGCUUUUUAUUCCAAUCGGGACUAGAGGACCUCAAUUCCCCGCCUCUCACUUCACAAACCGAGGGGCCUAGACCGUGCGUCAAAGCGCAAUUCAGGAUGUUAACAACGUCCGAAUGACUUUUUUGUCCUCCCUCGAUGCCAUUAUAGCGAUGCUAUAUCUGAAAUUCCGCCUUGGAGCCUGCCGAAAUGGCGUGUGUAUCCCCUCGUAUACUGGGUAGGGCCGAAGGAUACAUUGGUCCCCUGCUCAUUCACAAUCGACUCUUUGCCGUGGUAUUUAUUAUCCUGUGGAAAUGAUGCUGCACACGAGAUUUAUAUAUCAUCUUCUACGGCCAAUUCCCCCCCCCCCCCCUCCCCCCCCUCCCCCC